GCGUUGUGCUCCGCGACCCAAGGAAUUGAGUCUUCUUGGAGCUGUCAUGAGCCAGCGAAACCGGGUGUCGUACGUGCGGCCCGCCGAGCCCGCGUUCCUGUCUCGCUUCAAGGAGCGAGUCGGCUACCGGGAAGGGCCCACCGUGGAGACGAAGAGAAUCCAGCCGCAGCUCCCAGAUGAAGAGGGUGAUCACAGUGACAAAGAAGAUGAGCGGCCCCAAGUGGUGGUUUUAAGAAAGGGAGACUUGACAGCUGAAGAAGUUAUGAAAAUUAAAGCAGAAAUAAAGGCUGCCAAAGCAGAUGAAGAACCAGCCCCAACUGAUGGAAGAAUCAUGUAUCGAAAACCAGUCAAGCGGCCCUCAGAAGAAAAAUACUCAGGUUUAACAGCAAGC